CCUGACCCAGGAGACCAAGGCCUGGCCUGCAGUAGACACUCUGGACAAUGGCUCUCCUUGUUUAGCGGAGGAAAGCAUCUGACUGAAAGUACUCAUUAUAAGAGCGAAGUGGUGUUACAUGUACUGAAGCAUUAAGUCUCCCAUAACACAAACGACAUAAUCAUGGCCGAGUACUAUUACUCUUGAAAGAAGCGAACAUAAAUGGACAGAAACCACUUGAGUCUCCUUCGCAUAUGCGAACGAAAAUUGGACGAGGAAUGUGCCCAUGCCGACCGUGACUUGCGCAUUCUAGUGGGCCACACGAAUAUCCUCAAUGCAUUGUUAUCGGCGCCGAUCCCGAUCUCAAGCCUUGUGGACCAACAGGAAGAAUCUGUUGCGAUACAGCUCGGAGCUGAACUUAAGGCUCCACCCCAAAGCCUUCCCAUAAGUACGAUGGGUCUCAUCUCUGCCGAUCGGCUCGAUUACGAGGUGCUGCUACCAUCCUACGACUGACUGAAACGAUUUCGCUGCAACUCUAAGUAACGGAUCCGCGUAUGCCAAUAUGCAUGGAUCUUAUUGCUCGCGAUCAUAUCCUGUUUCGGUCUGGAAGAUUAUUGGCGCUAAUUAAUAUAUAACGCAAAAUUUAUAAGUGAUCCAGCACCACAUCCCUUGAGUGAGGACCGAUUUUUGGUCCCCUCGCAAGCUCGGCGGGCUGGCCGAUCUACUAUGGAGUGGAAGAUCC